CAAGUCUUGGCACAGAAAUCUCGAAGACUUUGUUGAGCAGCUGAAAUCUCUCGCUUAGUCUAUCAUUUCAUAUCUGUUCAUUUCAUCAGUAUCCUGCCCCAGGAGCCUUAAACUGUCACUCAAAAGUAUCCAAGCAAUUCAAUCACCAAUCACAACACGGAUUCUAUCCGAUUACACUUGAGGAUGUUGUCUUCGUCUUCCCCAUCAGAAUCACUUUCCUUUUUUUCCAUUCUUACGACCCCGGAGCCUGAUUUCGGCGAUGGCUUUGCCGGUCACCAGGAGUCGUCGACUUCAACUGCCACCUUUAUCCUAGUCAUAGGUGGCCUCGGAUACAUUGGAUCGCACACCUCCUUGGAGCUCCUCAAGGCCGGUCACAACGUUAUCAUUGUCGAUGACUUAAGCAACAGCUUCCACAGCGUCUUCACUCGCGUAAGGAAGGUUGCUGAGAAGUUCUGCCAUGAAAGUCAGCGCUGCAUGCCUAUCCUGCACUUCCAUAAGCUUGACUACCGCAGCAAGUCGCUGAGAUUUUUGCUCGAGUCAUACUCGGACUUGAUCACAGUCCCUUCAAGCUCUCCCCACGGCUCUCCCGUCCUGACGCACAGGUCCAAGAUUACGGGAGUUAUCCAUUUCGCUGCGUACAAGUCCGUCAGCGAGUCCAUCUUGAAGCCUGCCCAAUACUAUCGCAACAACGUGUGUGGCCUUGUGGAACUCAUUGACCUUCUUGGCAAGCACAACAUCCGCACUUUCGUCUUCUCCUCGUCUGCAACUGUGUAUGGUACCAAGGCAGAUGAGGGGCACCCGCUCCACGAGGAAGAUCUGAUUCACCAUCCUGAGAUGUACAUGGACGAGAACGGCAAAGAACAGGUUAGGAUGCCUAUGGUUCAAGGGCUCCUCAGUCCCUAUGCUAGAUCCAAGUACUUCUGCGAGGCCAUUUUAGCAGAUAUGGCUCUAUCGGAUCCUGAUUGGCGCAUUGUUGCCUUACGAUAUUUUAACCCUAUCGGAUGUGACCGAUCCGGUCUCCUUGGAGAGGAGGCUAGGGGUGUGCCCAGCAACCUGUUUCCCAUGAUCACCCGAGUACUUACGGGUGAGCGAAAGGAGCUGGAAAUUUUCGGCACCGACUGGGAUACAAGGGACGGCACUGCGGUGCGCGACUUUAUUCAUGUCUCGGAUCUGGCUCGUGGCCAUAUUGCAGCCCUCAGCGCCGACAUUAACACGCCGUUCCGCAGCUUCAACCUAGGCACAGGUAAUGGCACCACUGUCCAGGAAGCAGUGGCCAGCCUAGAACAAGCAUCGCGCCAGCAAAUCCCAGUGCGACUGGCUCCACGCCGAGAUGGCGACGUCGGCUCGUGUGUCGCAGCUAACGGGCGGUCGGUUAAGGAGCUCGGCUGGUCUGCCACCGAGAGCAUCUCGCAAUGCGCCGCUGACCUUUGGAACUUUAUUUCAAAAGCGCAAGUGGAUCGAGCACCCCAAGUUGGCGAUAUGAAUUGAAUAUGAGGCGCUAAUACAGCCACAUCGUCCAUUUGCUAUGGGCUGACUAAUCAAACAUCAAGAGUUUAAACUUCAAGUGUGGGUUUGGGUAGGAAAAGAAGGGAGCUAAUGUAAUA